UCAGCACACACAGGUGGAGAAUGGGAAUGGGUCAUGACCAGGAGGAGUUUGCACUGAGUGGACUUGUACGACCUGCAUUGUUUUAGACUAGCACGCUCUGGAUUAUGCUCUUCAUGCUGAUCUGUGGCUCCCAGCGCUUCCACUGAGCUUGCAGAUUCAAUAUCGUUUUUGUUUUCUCUCAUGGUCGUUGCAUUCUUUAUUGAAUGCAAACAUCGUCAUGUUUAUCAGAACAACUUUUCUCCUCUACUUUGUGGUCUCACUCUCAAAACUUGCUCGUUGCAUGGAAAGUGAACUCUGCUUCCCUAGAUUGGAUAACAAUGACAGGAGGGAUUUUGACAACGACGUGGAUAUCUUUAAUGAAAAACGUGUCCUAAAAAUAAGAGCUUUCAAGCAGGAAUUAGUGAUCGACCUACACCAAGACUCUAAUUUCAUUGCCCCUUCCAUUUCUAACCAAGACGCAUUCUGGCUCUCCAACACCGAUGUCACCACUGACCUGAGCCGGUGUUUUUAUUCCGGAUAUGUGAACGCCGACCCAAAUUCUUACGCAGCUUUGAGCCUCUGUAAGGGUUUACAAGGUGCAUUUGGCUUCCACGGCUGGGAAUAUUUUAUCAGCCCGGUGCAAAAUGACACCACGAGCGCGGAAGGUGCGCACAUCAUCCGGCGCAGAACCAGCAACAACCUGAAGCUGAAUUCCACCUCUAGGUGCGCAGUGGACAGCGACAUAAGUCUCCAGGUUGCGCAAUCGUUGGAGAAAUACAAGCGACUGCAAGAUUACAGCAAUGUGACCGAAACGAUGCUGCGGAGGAUGGGGAGAGCCAAGAGGUUCGCGUCGAUCCCCAGGUUCGUGGAGACGCUCGUGGUGGCGGACGAGUCCAUGGCGCAAUUCCAUGGAGAUGACCUAAAACACUACCUCUUGACACUGAUGUCAGUGGCAGCGCGGCUCUACAGACACCCCAGUAUUCUCAACUCCAUUAACGUCGUCGUUGUGAAGAUCGUGAUUAUAUCCGAGGAGGACAAAGGACCCAAAGUGUCCGGUAACGCGGCCAUGACGCUAAGAAACUUUUGCACAUGGCAAAAAAAGAUGAAUAAAAACAACGACAAGCAUCCGGACUACUGGGACACAGCAAUCCUCUUUACUCGACAGGACCUGUGUGGAGCCUCCACCUGUGACACUCUCGGCAUGGCGGAUGUUGGCACCAUGUGCGACCCCAAGAGGAGCUGCUCUGUGAUCGAAGACGACGGCCUACCUUCAGCCUUCACCACUGCCCAUGAGCUCGGACACGUGUUCAACAUGCCUCACGACAACGUGAGGGCCUGCGAGGACGUGUUUGGGAAACUGCAGGACAACCACAUGAUGUCUCCCACUCUCAUUCAGAUUAACCGCACCAGCCCCUGGUCCCCCUGCAGUGCUGCCAUCAUCACUGAAUUCCUGGACAGCGGGCACGGGGAAUGUUUGCUCGACCAGCCACAGAAACCGCUGGUUCUCCCUGACGUGCUGCCGGGAGCAUCCUAUAUCCUCGACCGCCAGUGUGAGCUCGCGUUCGGAGAAGGCUCCAAGCCCUGUCCCUUUAUGCAACCACCAUGCGGCCGUCUGUGGUGCACAGGAAAGUCAAAUGGCCAUUUGGUGUGUAUGACUCGGCACUUUCCCUGGGCAGAUGGCACCCACUGUGGAGACAAUCAAGUCUGCGACCGAGGGGUCUGUUCUGAAAAACGGGACCAAAAUGUGAAGGUGGACGGCCGCUGGGGAAAGUGGGGCCUGUUUGGUUCCUGCUCACGCACAUGCGGAGGCGGCGUCCAACUGUCUAAAAGAGAGUGUAACAACCCAAUUCCGUCAAAUGGGGGUAAAUACUGCCAAGGGGUUCGGGUCAAAUACCGGUCCUGCAACCUGAACUCCUGCCCUGACACAGGGAAAACUUAUCGUGACGAGCAGUGUGAGAACAGUGGCCGCAGCUUCAACAGCAACCGCAUCGACCCCUCUGUGGUGUGGGUGCCCAAGUACUCCGGAGUGUCCGUCAAUGACAGGUGUAAGCUCAUCUGCAGGGCUAACGGCACUGGCUACUUCUACGUCCUGGCACCCAAGGUUGUGGAUGGGACUCCGUGCUCCCCAGACUCCACAGGAGUUUGUGUCCAAGGGAAGUGCAUUAAGGCUGGCUGUGAUGGAAAAAUUGGCUCCAACAAGAAGUUUGAUAAGUGUGGAGUCUGCGGAGGUGAUAGCAAGGGCUGCAAGAAGGUGUCGGGACUCUUCACAAAGCCUGAGCACGGCUACAACUUUGUGGUCGUGUUACCGGUGGGCGCAGCCAACAUAGACAUCCGUCAGCGAGGCUACAAGGGCAUAAGGAAUGAUGACAACUAUCUUGCGGUUAAAAACAGCGUGGGCCACUACCUGCUCAAUGGGAACUACAUAGUGUCGGCUGGAGAGAGGGACAUCAUUGUCAAGAAUAGCCUGCUGCGCUACAGCGGCACAUCUGGAGCCUCUGAGACCCUGCAGGCUGUGAAGCCCUUGGGAGAAUCCCUGACUGUGGAGGUGCUGUGUGCGGGCCAGAUGACACCUCCUCGCAUCCGCUACUCCUUCUACCUCGCUCGUCAGACCAAGGAGGACAAGACUCUGAAGAAGGAGGGCCGUGUGACCUCCCAUAACAGUGUCCUGGCUGAGGAUAGUGUCAAGGAGAAGGACCCACUGAAGAAAUCUUAUAGCAAAGAGGAUCCUGCUCUUGGGAAAUGGAUAUCUGCAGGUUGGGACGAGUGCUCAGUGACCUGUGGCAGUGGGAUCCAGAGGAGGAUGGUGCAAUGUCUGAGAGCAGACGGGAAGCCAGGAUUGGACUGUGAUCCUUCACAAAGACCCUCAGCCACCAGGGUUUGUGGAGACCCCUGUCCUGAGUGGCAUAUUGGGCAGUGGUCACCUUGCUCCAGAACCUGUGGGAAGGGCUUCAAGAGACGACCGUUGCACUGCAAAACCCAAACUGGGCAUCUGCUCCCAAGGGACCACUGCACUGGCUUACGCAAGCCACAGGAGCUGGACUUCUGUAGCCUAAGGCCUUGCUAAUGACUCAAACCUAUAAACUACAAGACUUUGUAAUGUUUGAAAUGGACUGAAGUGAAUCCACCUGCAAGUAUCUCACACACCGUCUCUGUCAGAUGCAGAUUUUUCCACCUGCAUGAUGGGGACACUUGCUUGGAAGAACAAGAAUAUCUGAAGGAGAGUGAAAGCCGCAGGAUGAAUGCUGGAAGAUACUCUUCACUGCCAUCACUCUGACUUCAAAAGACAUAAUCCAGGACUAACUCUGAUGGCAAAAUAACAUGAUCGAAGGUCAAACAGAAAUGUAGUUGAAUCCCCUGUAUUGUCAGCAGACACAGAAUUCCCACUUGCAAGCAAUCAAUCUAGUUUACCUUAUAAGUCUGGAACCCAUUUUAUGUCAUAACAUUUUAACUGCUCAGGUUUCAGAGUUUUAUUGACUCAAAUAGAUCAGUGAAGCCUUUAGGUUGUCCAAUAAAAAUGAUUCAAUUCAUUUUUCAAAAGGCAAAUAUACCAGGAUUGACGAGCGUAACUCUUUACAAAGUGGAUGAAAACAUAACGCCAACAAUACUUCACAUAUACCCCCUUUUCCACCAAAUUAGCUCUCGUUCCUGAACUAGUUCUGUUCAGGACUCUUGGAACCUAGGUGCUCACGAGCGCACCAGCCCACGUUUUCAUCAGUUUUUAUCAGAACCUUUGUAAGUAGGGCUGUCAAACGAUUGCAUGUUUUAAUAGCGAUUAAUCGCGGACUUUCUAUAGUUUAUCACAAUUAAUCACAUUUUUUAAUCACGUCGUCAAUUCCAUUACUUUGCAUUUCAAAACAGUUAUAAAGUCCAUGUUAACAAGGUGAAAUUUUACCUGAUCAUUUUUUUACCGAAUCGAUUGACAGCAAAAAAACUGCAUGGGACUAGCAUUAAGUGAGCUUUUUCGUAAAGGGGAGGCUCAUAGGUACACACAGAACUCAUUUUCACUCAGAUAUGCAGAGGUUAAAGGUCGGAGCAUUAUUCUGCCCCCUUACAGAAAAGCCACUAUGACAUGGUUGGUACAGCCUCUUAAAGAUGGGAAUGUUGGCCGGCGAGUAAAUGCGAUUAAAAAAGAUUAACGCAGAAAUUAUCUGACACCACUAAUUGUAAGCAAAAUUGUGUUAUCAACAGAGGGCAUUGCACCAAACUUAACAGUUGUAGCAAUGUGGCAGACCCCACUGAUUACCUGCGGACUUCUUCUUCUGAUCUGUUAUUACAUACAUUUGUUUUGGUCCAAAAACAAGCAUGAAUCAAUUAAUAAGAUCACUGCACUUUUCUUUCCCGAUUAUUUUUUGGCUACAGUCCAUUGUUGCCUUCACCAUCCUCUCUUUCAACAUGUAGACAUACCCACUGAUGUUUUCAUACUUAGCACUUCAGGUCAAGGAAAACCUUUUUUUUUUGUUCCAGCUGAGAACCAAUUUUUCCAGUUCCAAAGCAAUUUAUUUUUAGUCCAAAUGCUCGGAAUGGUUCAAAAUUACGUGUGGGAACCGCAACGGAACCCGUUGCAUGUUGGUGGAAAAGGGGAAACAGAAAAGAACAUCUGCCUAAUGAUUAACAUGUGUGAUUUUCAUCUGCCAUCUCAUAAGGUGCUCUUUUCAGGGAAUCUUUUUUAAAUCACGGAAUUGACUUGGAAACAAAACAGAGCAAAUCACUGUUGUGGUUGUGCAGAUGAAGCCUUGCUGCUGCGUUGUUUAUUCAAUGCACAUGUACAUAUAUUUUAAAUCUGUUGUAGCAAAUCAAGAUUGAUACAAAAUUGGAUAGAUUUCUACAACCACCGAUGCAUUUUCAACAUGUUUACUUUCACAGAAACAAACAAUAAAGAUGCAACCAGCAUUUCUCCUCCAGUACCAGGAAGCUUUAGACAUUGAUUUUCUGCAGACCUCACUCAGCACCAGUCAUGGAAACAGUUUAAACUAGAAUCUGAACUUGCACUGGUAGCUUUCAUGACAGAUCUGACUAAACAAAAAGGGCAUGAGACAAUGGCCAGUGGUCCCGGUCAGCUGCUGUGGCUGCCAGCUGUGGGAUUUCAUUAGGCUGUAUCACAACAUUGCGCUGCUCAGGUGAGACACGGGCUUAGCCUGAUGUCACACACACAUAUACACAUGCAUGCACUCACACAUGCACACAUGCCGUGUUCAAUUCCCAAAUUCUGUGUUCAACACAUUUGACUGCUUCCUUUAUUUCCUUCUAUCAUUCGACUACAACAAUUGUCCUCUCAGUUUAUGGUGUUCAGCCAUGUCGAGUCAUGCCUGUCUGGCACAGUUACCACAGAUAAUUUAUUAUCAAUGAAACGAUAAAGCAAAGAGGGGAAGAAAAACUGGCAAGCCCUCAGUCACGCUGUACAGAGUGCGUGUUUCCCUGGAUCUCCUCGUUCAUGGUCCCCCAGCCCGAGCCAAGCUGUUCCUUGUACACACUCGAUGAAAUCCUGUACUCUAUUAUAUUCUUGUUUUGUUUCUUGAAGGGGCCACAUUGUCCAAUUCAACAUCCAACUACAGGAUGGAUCCUGCGUCAGUUGGAUUAUCUUUUUUAUUUUUUAUCAGCUUUUGCACUUUGUACAGCAAAAGAAACCUAUGACCUACAUGGGCUGUAUUGUAUACUAUGUAUAUAUUUAUUCAGCUCUGUGCAAAAAACUAAUGUAAAUACGUUUUAAGUCUCCUUUUUUUUUUUUUUUACACAGGCAUUUGUAAUUGUCUUUGACUUAAGUGUAUUUAUUCCAAAAAUAAAGCCAUUCACAAACAGAACUAA